UCCUCGCCAUCUCCUUCGCUCUCACUCUUCUCUCCGGCCCUCGUGUGUCUGGUGUCAGCCAACCCGCCAUUGGGAAUCUGCUGUCAGCUGCAACCCGGUUAACGCGGUCGGCCGCCCGAAGUCGUUCCGAAGCUCUGGCUGCGGAUUUUUUGAGCGAAGGCAUAGGAAGGAUGUCUUCCGUUGGAUACAUGCACCCGCUGAGCGUCGAUCCUCCGGAUAUUGAGAAUAUCUUGGCGCUCAACCCCAAGAUAAAGGAGACGGCCACUAUCACUCCGAGCGCAGUGACAAAGAAGAACAAGCAUCAUUGGAAACGCAACAUUGACAAGAAAUGCAGCUCCUGCAAGCCACUCGAGAAGAAUUUCGACGACAUUAAGCACACCACGUUGAGCGAGAGGGGUGCACUACGUGAAGCUGCGAGAUGUCUAAAAUGCGCCGAUGCGCCAUGUCAAAAGGGUUGCCCGACGCAACUGGAUAUCAAAGCUUUCAUCAGCAGCAUUGCCACCAAGAACUACUACGGAGCUGCGAAGGCCAUCUUCUCUGACAACCCUUUGGGACUCACUUGCGGAAUGGUCUGUCCCACGAGCGAUCUCUGCGUCGGGGGCUGCAAUCUGUACGCUUCCGAAGAAGGGCCCAUUAACAUCGGUGGACUGCAGCAAUUCGCCACUGACGUCUUCAAGGAAAUGAAAAUCCCUCAAAUACGGCCUCCGGACCUUCCUCCGCUCCACGAACUUCCCCAAAGCUACAAAGCCAAAAUCGCUCUUAUUGGGUGCGGACCCGCAAGCAUGAGUUGUGCCACGUUCCUUGCGCGGCUGGGGUACUCCGACAUCGUGAUCUUUGAGAAGCAGUCCUAUUUCGGUGGACUAAGCUCCGCCGAAAUUCCACAGUACCGGCUUCCCUACGAUGUCGUCUCGUUCGAGCUGGACCUCGUGAAAGACCUCGGCGUGAAGGUGGAAUUUAACAAGGCCCUGGGUAGAGACUUCACGCUAGAGUGUCUGAGGAAGGAAUACAGCGCCGUGUUCCUGGGAAUCGGUCUGCCCGAUCCCAAGGUUAUCCCGAUAUUUGAGGGCCUGGACGAAAGCCACGGAUUUUACACAUCGAAGACAUUCCUUCCAGUGGUAUCCAGAGCUAGCAAGCCGGGAAUGUGCGGUUGCAAGCAGACCCUACCGUCGCUUUUCGGCAACGUUAUCGUUCUGGGCGCUGGCGACACCGCGUUCGACUGUGCGACAUCAGCGCUCAGAUGCGGAGCCAAGCGAGUCUUCGUCGUCUUUCGGAAAGGCUUUACAAACAUCCGCGCUGUGCCCGAAGAGAUGGAACUGGCCAGAGAGGAGAAAUGCGAAUUUCUACCUUUUCUGUCGCCGCGAAACCUGGUGAUGAAUGGGACACGAAUCAAGGCCAUGGAGUUCUUGCGCACCGAGCAGGCGGACGACGGCACAUGGGUCGAAGACGAAGAACAGAUGGUCAGGCUGAAGGCAGACUUCGUCAUAUCCGCCUUUGGGUCAACCCUCGAAGACAUCUCAGUUGUGGGCGCUCUCAGCCCCCUCAAGCUAAACAAGCAUGGUCUACCUGAAGUGGACGUCGAGUCCAUGCGGACCAGUGAACCGUGGGUGUUCUGUGGCGGAGACCUCGCCGGCGUUGCUGAGACCACCGUCGAGGCAGUGAACGACGGAAAGACGGCGUCUUGGCACAUCCAUAAAUACCUUCAGUCCCUGCACAAUAUUGAUGUUGCCAAGAUCCCAGCGCUGCCACGUUUCUACACCCCGAUCGACUUGGUAGAUCUCAGCGUUGAAUUCUGCGGACUCAAGUUCAAGAACCCGUUUGGUCUCGCCAGUGCACCUCCCACAACAACCAGUGCCAUGAUUCGAAGAGCUUUCCAAGCUGGCUGGGGAUUUGCACUGACCAAGACGUUCGGGCUUAACAAGGAUGUCGUGACGAACGUGUCGCCCCGCAUCAUCCGCGGGUCUACGUUCGGCCACACGUACGGACCUGGCCUGGGCUCCUUCCUCAACAUCGAGCUGAUCAGCGAGAAGACAGCGGCGUAUUGGUGUGGAAGCAUUAGCGAACUCAAGAGAGACUUCCCUGAUCACGUUGUGAUUGCCAGCAUCAUGUGCACCUUCGACGAAAAGGACUGGACUGAACUUGCGCAGAUGGCAGAGACGGCGGGGGCAGAUGCACUGGAGCUCAAUCUUUCAUGCCCGCAUGGAAUGGGAGAGCGAGGAAUGGGGCUUGCAUGUGGACAGGACCCAAACCUUGUGCGAAACAUUUGCUUAUGGGUGCGGAAAGCCGUCAAAAUCCCCUUCUUCGCUAAGCUCACUCCUAACGUCACCAAUGUGGUUGACAUUGCCAAGGCAGCCUACGAGGGAAAAGCAGACGGAGUGACAGCUGUGAACACCGUGUCCGGCCUGAUGGGACUCAAGUACAACAGCGAUCCGUGGCCAGGAGUCGGGGCGCAGAAGAGGACCACUUAUGGCGGCAUGUCUGGGAACGCCAUUCGCCCCAUCGCCCUGAGGGCCGUCUCGGCCAUCGCAAGGGCUCUGCCCGGCUUCCCAAUCCUGGCCACGGGAGGCAUCGACUCCGCCGAAGCCGGAUUUCAGUUUCUCCAAGCUGGGGCUUCUGUGCUCCAGGUAUGCAGCUCAAUUCAGAACCAGGACUUUACGGUUAUCGAGGAUUACUUGACGGGACUUAAAGCAGCCUUGUACAUCCGGAACCUGAAAGGCAUGGAGGACUGGGAAAGUCAGUCGCCCCCUGUGAAGCCACAUCAGAAGGGGAAACCGAUUGUGAAGCUCGAAGACAUUGAAAACGAGCGACUCCCUAACUUCGGGCCAUACCUUCAGAAGAAGGAGGGUAUGAUUGCAGAAGAGAAAAAACGCUCGGACCUACUUUCCAAUCACCACGUGCCCCAGCGAGAGCUUAGGAUACUCAAGGAAAAAAUCCCGAAUGUGCAGGAUGUAAUUGGAGAAUCACUCAAGAAGAUUGGGACCUUUGGCGAUCUGGACGUAAAGGAGCAGGUAGUUGCUUUGAUCGAUGAGGACAUGUGCAUCAACUGUGGCAAGUGCUACAUGACGUGCAACGACUCAGGCUACCAGGCUAUCACCUUCGACAAGGACACCCAUCUCCCGUUUGUCACCAACGAUUGCACAGGCUGCACGUUGUGCUUGUCCGUGUGUCCUAUUCCCGAGUGCAUCCAGAUGAUCAAGAGGAAGACGCCGUCCCACCCCAAGCGAGGCGUUCCGUUCGACGAAACGGAAUAUUUCAUGAAGACCAGAUUUCCAUUGCCUGCUCAAUGAGACGAAACUUGUGCCCAUUCUUUUUUUCUGACAACUGCAGCACUCAUACUCUAGUGAGAAAGAUUGUGUAUGAAAAUUAUAUUUUUUCACGAUCAAAUAAGAGUUUCCGUGCUGGCUCUGAGGCGUUCCUGAGCCAAAGGUCCAGAACGCCAGCAAUAAAAACUCGUAAGUUUUGA